AUGAAGCAGGCAGCCAUUCACGCCAAGGCCGAACACUUCAACUCUAAAGGAAUGCCUUCGGCAUCUCCUGGCCAGACGACAAGCACAAGUCAGCCUUCGGCAUCCACCUAUGAUCGUUUCCCGCCACACCAGACCACUAAUCAAGCUCCCUACCGAACGACACCCACUGUGCCCGCACCUUGCACGACGGGGGAUAAGCGAAGGGACUUGUUCCAGGGUCAGCAAGACAGAGGCAAGCGCAAUAAGAAGUCAGGUGGCCGAAACUUCCGAAGCACCAACAGCGAUCGACCACCGGAGGUCUUCACCAUUCUUAACUUGACCUACGAACAUGUCCUCAUGGUCAAAAAUCAGAUGAUUUCGAAGCCAAGCCUUCGGAAGCUCCCUCGGCAAGUUGAUAAGGAUACAGGAGUCUUCUGCCGAUACCACCAAUACAACGACCAUGAUACCGAGUCCUGCAUCGCCCUCCGAAGGAUCGUUGAAAAACUGAUUAGCGAGGGCAAACUAGACCAGUAUAUGAGUACACAAUCGGGUCCCGAGCACCAGGGCAAUCGACAGAUCAACAUGAUCAGGGGCAGUACACCGAUCGCUGACUGCAGCCGUCGGUCCGUCAAGAGUUACGUACGUGCCGUUCAGCACCCUUAG